UGAUUGCUUCCUGGAGUAUUUUUUUUUUUUUUUACAAGCGUGUUCGAAAAGUAUUUUUCUAUACAGUUUCCCUUUAAUAAAAGGGAACACUAAAAUUAAAUAAAGUGUAGGUCAUGUCGCAGUGUGUGGCGUUACAGACGCGCUUAGCCUCGGUGUUGCAGGCUUUAAUUCACUCUGUUAUGGCGGAAAUGUGCAAACUGCUCCAGGAAAGAACCGAGUUAAUUUUAAACCUCCGGCUUUCUCAGGAUCAGAGUAUAAAGGUGAAGUUAAAAGAACUGAUACAGACGGAAACGGAACAGAAAAUGAAACAGUUUGCCUCUAUCAUGGAAGUGUUGGGCAACGAGGCGCUUGGUAAAAUCAUCACACUUGUAGAUGAAAAGAAGUUCUUGUUGGACCCAGAGAAUAAAACCUUCUCAGAGAAUAGAGUAAAACAUCUGGGAAGCAUUCUGAACAUUCUGUCAGCCGGAGGGCCGGAAGAGGAACAUUCCUACGACGGCUGUAGGAAAAACUCUGAGGCACCAGCAAGACAGGAGGCUGGAGACACAACGGAAUGUCAGAGUCCCGAAUCUCCUCUCACGCUUGCUGUGACGAUUAAAGACGAACUGGGAAACAUCGACCUGAAAUCUCUUAUCGCAGAUCACCUGUACGUGCCGUCAGAGGAAGUCAGGACACAAGCGGAGGGCAGUGAGGGUCAUCAGGAAGCUGAUAGCUUUGAGGGGAAUUCUUUUAUUUGUGCUGAGGGUGGGAAAACGUUUUUGUCCAUGAGCAGCCUCAGGUCAUAUCAACGGAUUCACGGUGGAGAGAAACCGUUCAGCUGCACGCUCUGUGGAAAAGCCUUCGCUCACAAGCAGAGCCUCGUAGAUCACCGUCGUGUUCACGCAGGCGAAAAAUCCUUCAGCUGCACAGACUGCGGCAAAUGCUUCGGGAAGGCUGCGCACCUCAGGACACACGCGACUGUCCACAGCGGAGAGAAGCCUUUCGGAUGUGACGUGUGUGGCAAAAAGUUCAGCAUCACGCAGAACCUGACCCGGCACCAACACACACACACAGGCCAGAAAAACUUCCCGUGUUCCGUCUGUGGCAAGAGCUUCACCCGAGCGAAGACGCUGAUCACGCACCAGCUCAUUCACACAGGACAGAAACCGCACUCCUGCGUGGUAUGCGGACGAGCCUUCAGACACCUAGCGAACCUGCGCAACCACGAGCGCAUUCACACCGAUUUGCGGCCGUACUCGUGUGACCUGUGCGGAAAGACCUUCCGCCACCCCGUGAACCUGAAGAUCCAUAAACGCAUUCACACCGGAGAGAAGCCGUUCACGUGCAAAGAGUGCGGCAAGAGCUUCAGCCAGCAGAGCAGCCUCGUCUCUCACAGCCGCACGCAUUCGGACCUGAAACCCUUUGGAUGUAGCUACUGCAGCAAACGCUUCAACAACACCAACAGUCUGAAGCUGCACGAGCGCACUCACACGGGCGAGAAGCCAUACAGCUGCGAGUUCUGUGGUAAAAGCUUCAGUCAAGGCAGUCACCUCCGCACGCACAAACGCCACCUCCACGGAGGAGGCAAACAGUACAUAUGUGAUAAGUGCGGAAAACGCUACUCCGACCCGCGCAAUCUCAAACUGCACAAGUGCGUGUACGCCACAGUGUAGUCAGUACCGCCGGUUCUACUUUGUUCUGUUAACCAUCACAAAGUUUCUUACAGUAGGACAUGCAUAAAAACUAUUAAUUUACAAUAGCUCUGCGUAUUACUAUUUAUAUUAGAACUAUUUUGGAUGACCGCAAAUUCAUGUAUAAACUAUUUCAAUGUUAUAAAUAAAUAUAAUAAAUAAAAUAUAAUACUUUGUUCAAUAAA